UACCCAGGAAAGGGUUAACUUCGCUGAGUAGUUGUAGCCUGCUUGAUUGACGUGCGGGGUAUUUUGCUAGCCGCAGCCUCCAAUCGGCAGCCGGUCAGCUUACCCCACGUGGGUGUUCUUACGUCCUAUUGGUUUAUCCUCCGAGUGUUUACCGUGCCCAGGCCGAGCCCCACGUGGAAAUUUCAUUCAAUCACUGAACUAUUCUUCUGAAUUUCUACCUCAGUUUUUGCACCUUUUUAAAAAAUACAAGUCUAAAUAUGACUAAUUGUGUUCGCGGGUGUUUUGUUACAUCAUUAUUUAUAUGCGGAUGUAGCUAAUAGGAAAGCGACGUUAAAAGGAGACACCAAAUAGCAGCAGCGUCGUGUGAAAGCUCGUAUUUAUGACUUAGACGUGUUGAAACAGUUUUAUCCGCAAGAGACACAGUUCUAUUAAUUUUCGUGAAAGCAAUCGAAAGACGGGGGUGUUAGUAAAGCACGUAUUUAGGUCUUGUCCCUCCUCGAAGGCAGCUACUCAUGUUAUGUCCCAUUGAGGAGGGGGUGAGGGACUGGGAGUGUUGUGUGAAAAGAGUGCAGGCCAGCGAGCGAGACAAAAGAGGCUGCGGCUGCAUUCAAUGUGCUGGUGGUGUGUCCGUCUCCGAAGCCACGAGCAAACCACAUCCCCCCGCCGCCGCCUCGCCUCCUCUCCUCUCCUCUCCUCUCAUCUCCACUCCUCUCCUGGCCUUCGCGCUGCACGCGGCGAAGACGCACCGGGGACGGGAAAGUAACGGCGCUCUCGUGAGUGGCGGAAGCGCAAAGUUGCGGACUCGGGGAGGACACGCGGGCUGCUCUCCUCUCCGGACCGGCUGUUUCGCCUUCCGCUCUCCGCGCGCGCCCACUUCCACGUCGAGCUCGCGGGGCGCUGCGCUGCGGUGCGGUGCGGUGCGGGGCUCGGAGAUAUCAAGCAGAACAAAGGAGUCUUGAGGCGAGGAAUGAGCGAGCCGAGGCUAGCGCUGCCGUUACCGUUGAAACCGGGCCAGAUGCCUCUCUGAGACCAACAAUAGCACAUCGGCUGCUCGUAUUUCUCCACGAAGCUUUCCGCCCCGAAAGAGGGAGAGAGAAGAAGGACAAAAAAAGAGCGCACGCGGAGACACGCAAGUCGGCGGCUACAAUGUUCCCCCAGAACCGACCCCCGGCACCUUUGCAGCCACCUCCGGGUUCUUCUGCCUCGGUGGUGGCAGCUGCGGCCGCGGCGGCCGCCGCAGCGUCGGGGACGCCCCAGUCACUGAAGCUGACCUACCCAGAAACCCUGGACCGCAUCAAGGAGGAGUUUCAGUUUCUACAGACUCAGUACCACAGUUUGAAACUGGAGUGCGAGAAACUGGCCACGGAGAAGACCGAGAUCCAGAGACACUACGUGAUGUAUUAUGAGAUGUCGUACGGCCUUAACAUUGAAAUGCACAAACAGACGGAGAUUGCCAAGCGGUUGAAUGUGAUCUGUGCACAGCUCAUCCCAUUCCUAUCACAGGAGCAUCAACAACAGGUGGUCCAGGCCAUGGAACGCGCCAAACAGGUGACCAUGGGGGAGCUAAAUGCUUCGAUAGGGGUACGUGGGCUCCCCCCUCUGCCUCAUAGCCAGCAGCUUCAGGCCCAGCACCUCUCCCAGCACGCCCAGGGUCUGCCAGUGGGCCCGCACCCAUCGGGGCUGCCCCACCCCGGCCUGGCGCUCGGCGGGGGGUCCGGCCUCCUGGCUCUGUCUGGAGCCCUGGGGGCGCAGCUCGCCGCUAAGGACGAGCGGGCACACCUGGAGGCAGCGGCCGCCGCCGCCGCCGCUGCAGAGCACCACAGAGACCGUGAAGCAGGACCGAGCUCUCUGUCCAAUGGGGAUAAGGGUCGCGCUGCAGAGUACCUCAGCAACGGCAAGAAGAGGAAGGCGGAUGAGAAGGAGUUUAUGACGGACUAUGGCAGCGAUGCGGACAAGAGUGAUGAUAAUUUGGUGGUAGAUGAGGACCCGUCGUCCCCCCGCAGCGUGCAGUCCUACUCCUCCAGGGAGAACGGUUUGGACAAGAUGCCCCCCUCCCGAAAGGAGGGCCCGCCCCAGGCCAGCCCCACCUCCCUGGCCUCCUCCAGCAGCGCUGCCUCCCCCUCCCGCGGCAAAGAGCCCCCACAGCGGGAGAAGUCCAGUACUCCAGGUAUGAAGCCAGGGACCCCCAUGUCCCAGGAGUCUAACACUCCAGGACCUAGUGGACCACCCCAGUUCAGACCUGUGCCAGGAAAGCCUGGUGUUGACCCCCUCGCGCUAGGCCUCAGGAACCCACUGGCGGUACAGGGAGCGUACCCCCCGGGGGCGUUCGGCCUGCCCCCUCCGGGCGUGAACGGGGACCUGCCCGGGGCGGCGGGCUACGGCGCCGGCCUCCACCUGGUCUCGCCCCAGAUGAACGGAGCCGCGGCGGCGGCGGCAGCAGCGGCUGCCGCGGGCUACGGACGGUCCCCCGUGGUGGGCUAUGAGUCUCCACACCCACAUAUGAGGGUCCCUGGGCUGCCUGCCAGCCUCCAGUCGGCCGCCUCUGGGAAACCGGCCUACUCGUUCCACGUGAGCGCCGACGGCCAGAUGCAGCCGGUGCCCUUUCCCCCCGACGCCCUGCUGGGCCCGGGGAUCCCUCGGCACGCGCGCCAGAUCCACACGCUGAGCCACGGCGAGGUGGUGUGCGCCGUCACCAUCAGCACCUCCACGCGCCACGUCUACACCGGAGGGAAGGGCUGCGUCAAGGUGUGGGACAUCAGCCAGCCGGGCAGCAAGAGCCCCAUGGCACAGCUGGACUGCCUGAACAGGGAUAACUACAUCCGCUCCUGCAAGUUGCUCUCCGACGGACGCACUCUGAUCGUGGGCGGCGAGGCCAGCACGCUGUCGAUCUGGGACUUGGCCACGCCCACUCCCCGCAUCAAGGCGGAGCUGACCUCGUCGGCCCCCGCCUGCUACGCCCUGGCCAUCUCCCCCGACAACAAGGUCUGCUUCUCCUGCUGCAGCGACGGCAACAUCGUGGUCUGGGACCUUCACAACCAGACGCUGGUCAGGCAGUUCCAGGGCCACACGGACGGCGCCAGCUGCAUCGACAUCUCCAACGACGGCACCAAGCUGUGGACGGGAGGGCUGGACAACACGGUGCGCUGCUGGGACCUCCGAGAGGGACGGCAGCUGCAGCAGCACGACUUCACCUCGCAGAUCUUCUCUCUGGGCUACUGUCCCACAGGCGAGUGGCUGGCUGUGGGGAUGGAGAGCAGCAACGUGGAAGUCCUGCACGUCUCCAAACCUGACAAGUACCAGCUGCACCUGCACGAGAGCUGUGUCCUCUCGCUGAAGUUCGCCUACUGCGGUAAAUGGUUCGUGAGCACAGGCAAAGAUAACCUGCUGAAUGCGUGGAGGACACCUUACGGAUCCAGCAUAUUCCAGUCCAAGGAGUCGUCGUCCGUUCUCAGCUGUGACAUCUCCCCCGAUGACCAGUUCAUCGUCACCGGCUCCGGGGACAAGAAGGCCACGGUCUACGAAGUCAUCUACUAAACUGUGACUGGACGGGAAAAGUGGAACCAGCACUGACGCUCCUCCUGCACCAAUGACUGUACAGGGCGUCGGUGACAUGGACGACGAGACGCUCGAGUCGUACUUUGUUGUUUUGUUUACGUUUGUGAAAGACAUGAGAAGGAGAAGCCUCGAGGCACAAAGUCAGAUCUCUGGAAAAAAGAAACUUUUAACUUUUGAAUACUCUGAGAAUGCUGGUUAGUCUAUAGCUGCGCAAUUGUGGGAUGCCUCCAAAGAACUUUUUUGGUUGCUUUUUUUUCCUUUUUUUUAAAAAAAACAAAGUAAAACCUCUGUAGUGAACAAGAAAUUAGUAAAAAGUAUUUUUUUAGUCUUUGAAUUUUUCGCAAGCGGUUGGACAUGACGUGGAAAGCGACUGAGACUUGGGGGAGGGUUCAGGGGCUGGAAACACGUAAUGGAAAAAUAUCCACAUCCUACGCUGUGUAAAGAGUCCCAGCUUGGCCCGGUCUGGCCCGGUCCGGUCCAGCCCAGUCUGUCUGCUCCUCGGGGGCAGCAGAUGCGUGACAGAUGGCAGGAUCGUGUGCUGUGAGGUUUCAACCUUUUUUUUUUUUUUUUUUUUUUCGUCUCCUGUUUAAGUUUCAGCAGCAACAUGAUUGUAUUAUCUCCAAUACAUACAUGGCAGAACAGAACAGGGCUCAGUUUCCUCUAAAGUGUCCUAACAGUCAGUUUAAUCCUUUUUAUUAUCAUAAGAAUAAAGAUGAACCUCUGAGAAAGUGUUUGAGGGACUCAAAUAAUUGUGAAGAGAGAAAAUAAAAGCCACUUCCAGCAGCUCCAGCGCGUACGCUCCAGUUCUGGGGCGUCGUCAGCGUUUCAUCUGAAUCCUUAACAUGAAGUUAGACUUUCUGUUGUAUUCGUUAGGGCACAUAUAGGCAGACAGGCGUUUUCACAACUGCAUCAUGAUCCUUGAAUCUUGCUAUAUAUGGACAUGUAAAUAAAGUUCUCUAAAGCCAAA